AUGAGUUUAAAAAAAAUUGAUCAAAAUGAAACAUAAUAAAAUGGUAAGCUUAAACGAAUCUGUUUUUAAAAUGUCACAAAUAUAAAUAAUGAAAAUAAGAGUCAAAAAAAUGAUAUAGUUCGUAAAAAAUAGAUAAUACAAGAUCAAGAUAUAAAAAAACUUAAGGAAUAAUACAGAUCCGAAAUUAAAUCCUACUGUGAUUAGAAAAAGAAAUUUUCAGAGAAAUAGAAUGCUCUUUUAAAGAAAAUAAUAUUUCACUUAAAUGGAGGCAUAAUAGAAAUAAAUGGGAAGAUUAAUUAUGAAGAUUAUUAUGUGUAUGAAGGGACAUUUUAAGAAUCUUAGGAUAAAAUAAUUAUUAAUGGAUAUGGAGUAUUGAAAUAUUAUGAAGAUAAAGAAUUGAAAAAAAAAGAAAAAGAAAUUUAUAGAGGAGAGUUUAAGAAUGAUAAAUUUCAUGGAAAAGGCACAAUUACUUUAAAUAAUAAAUUCUAUAAUUUGAUAAACUGGAAAAGAAAGGAUUAAACUAAAAUAGAAGGAAUAUUUGAAAAUGGUAAUUUAAUUGAAGAAUUGGAAACACCUGUUUAAAUGAAAAAUGAAAACAAUUGA